GGUGGGGGUGGGACUCAUUAUCUCUAUGGAGACAGAGAAACAGGGGAUAAUACCGCGGAUCCGCCCCAGCUGCAGUCCUGCCCGGGAGCCGGCAGGGAGCGGAGCUGCGGAGCCGCCGGGUCUCCUGCAUCUGUCAUCUGUUCCUGUGUCCUGUCUAUCCGAAGGCACGCUGCAGGAGCAGCCACGAGAUAGAAGCCGGGUGGCAUGGCAGCGAGCACUGAUGUAGCUGGGCUGGAGGAGAGCUUCCGCAAGUUUGCCAUCCAUGGUGACCCCAAGGCCAGCGGGCAAGAGAUGAACGGCAAGAACUGGGCCAAGCUGUGUAAAGACUGCAAGGUGGCUGAUGGAAAGGCUGUGACGGGAACAGAUGUUGACAUCGUCUUCUCCAAAGUCAAGGCGAAGUCUGCUCGGGUCAUCAACUAUGAGGAGUUCAAGAAGGCUUUGGAAGAGCUGGCAGCCAAGCGGUUCAAGGGGAAAAGCAAGGAAGAGGCCUUUGAGGCCAUCUGCCAGCUGGUGGCAGGCAAGGAACCAGCCAAUUUGGGUGUCACUAAAGCAAAAACAGGGGGUGCUGUGGACCGACUGACUGACACCAGUAAGUACACGGGUUCCCACAAAGAGCGCUUUGAUGAGAGUGGCAAGGGCAAGGGCAUUGCUGGACGGCAGGACAUCCUGGACGACAGUGGUUAUGUGAGUGCCUACAAGAACGCCGGUACCUAUGAUGCCAAGGUGAAGAAGUGAGAUCUGGGAAGCCCCCAGUGAGGCUGCCCCCACUGGAGUUUCGGGCCUGGGUUGAAGGGGCACAUGGAGCAAGAAAGCCUGGUCCCCUCCCUGCUGGACCUGCCACUUAAAGCUUCCUGCCCAGUCCCAUGGGGCCAUCCCACCAGGCCUCUGACCCAGACUGCUGUGUCCCUUUUUCCUUUCUUGUCUCCCCGACUUCUGUCUUGGAGUCUGUGCCUAUAGCAUCACCAUCCCACCCUGGUCCUGGGCAUGGCUGACCCCUGCCUGCUUGCCUCAUAUUUAAGCUGCUGCUCUGGCCAAGUGCCUAAUUCUUACCCAGACCUCAAUAAAGACACCUUUUGUACCAGUA